AUCAUGAAAGAGAAAUAAAAAAAAAACAAAGGGGGAGAAAACACUUUACACUAUUCGAAACAGCAAAGACAUGACAUGGGUCCAUAGUCCUCUCUCCCCUCUGCAUAAAUUCAAAGCUUUUUCGUGGACGACACGAUCCGGGUCUGCCGCUCCUUUCUCAAACUGAUCUCUAUCUCUCUCUCUCUCUUUGUCUGUCUCUCUCUCUCUCUCUCUCAGCAGCCUUUCCACUGUUUACAAAUCGAUAGAAAUGGAGGAUCAGUACGGCAUGGCAAAUCUCCGGCAGCACCACUACAUGAACGAGAGGCCCCAUUUUCCACCAACAGAAGACCUCUUCUCCGGCCACCGGAAUCUGACACAGCCCCACCAUCAUCACUACCAGAUGGUCAUGCUGGGUCCUCAUCAUCAUCAUCAUCAUGAGUUUCAGUCUGAUUCUGUGACUACCACAGCCGCCGCAGCCGCAGCCGCAGCCGCAGCCGAGCCUAGUCUGAAUGGGUUGGAGAUGGAGGGUGGAGGUGGUGGAUUUGGAGGAGAUGGUGGUGGUACUGGAAGGUGGCCAAGACAAGAGACUCUCACACUUCUUGAAAUCAGAUCGAGGCUUGAUUCUAAGUUCAAGGAGUCUAACCAGAAGGGUCCAUUGUGGGAUGAAGUCUCUAGGAUAAUGUCUGAGGAAAAUGGGUAUCAAAGGAGUGGUAAAAAAUGCAGAGAAAAGUUUGAGAACUUGUACAAGUAUUACAAGAAGACUAGGGAAGGGAAGGCUGGCAGACAAGAUGGCAAACACUACAGAUUCUUUCGGCAGCUUGAAGCUCUCUAUGGCGAUACCAGAAAUCCGGUUUCAGUCUCAGAAACCCAUCUUCUAGGAAACAAUUUUCAAUUUGAAAAUGCUAGCAACAUUGCCACACAACCCCCAAAGCUCUGUGAUAGCCUCAGCCUCUCUAACUCCUCUGAAUUUGACACUUCUUCGUCUGAUGACUAUGAUACUAAUGCAGCUGUGUUAAUGGACAAUGACUUGGCGGAAAAGAAGAAGAAGAGAAGAGGGAGAAGGAGCUGGAAGGCGAAGAUAAGAGACUUCAUAGAAUUGCAGAUGAGUAAGAUAAUGGAGAAACAAGAGGAGUUCUUGGAGAAUAUGGUGAAGACUGUUGAGUGCAAGGAACAAGAAAGGAUGUCGAGAGAGGAAGAAUGGAGGAAGGAAGAGGUGGAUAGGAUUGAAAGAGAGCACAAGUUUUGGGCUAAUGAGCGAGCUUGGAUCAAAUCUCGCGACUCAGCUAUAAUGGAAGCUUUGAAGAAAUUAACAGAAAAGGAAGUGAAAGCUUCAUCUCUAGAGGAGGUAACGGGGGCCGAGAAGCUUCAGAGUCUCGGCGAAAACCAAAAUGAGAAUGGAAGUGAAACAAUUACCAACACCUUGAAAGCUGAAGAGGGAAACAAGAAAAGGAAAGAGAAUUCAAGAAGUUGUUACUUUCAGAGCAAUGAAUCAACAAUAUACAAUCAUGGAGGAGGAGCAGGAGGAGGAGGAGGAGGUUACUGUGAGAUCAAUGGUGGUGAUGGUGGCUCAAAUACCGGCAAUGGAAUGCAUGAUAGUUGCUUUAGGUUCUUGGUGGGUAGUAGUGAUGGAGAUAAGUACCUGUGGGAGAACUAUGGUGUGAAGCUCAACAAGGGAUGAUGAAAGAAUUCACUAAUCAGGCUAAAAUUAAUGACAGUUUGUUCUGUUGUACUACUGAUCAAGAUGAGUAAUUUUUACAGUUGUUGUGGGAAGAGGAAGUGAUUAACUUUGUUCUCAGGUUAGAGAUUUGACUAUGCUGCUCACGGUAUAAGAGAUAUGUGACUAAUGAAUGUUUGUGCAGGACCUGCAGGUAGCUAACUGAGGGUUUAGGGUUUUAUGUAUAGAAUUGCUGUUUCAUGGGUCUAAUAGGUUUUUUUUACCUGUGAAUGAGGUGCAGGGUUUGUGGCAACUCAAUUGAACAAAUUAAUUUUUAAUUGGAUAGGUCAGAAUUUUAAAUAUAGGCGGUUAUGUAUAUUUUAAAAUUUUGAUACUGAUACUAUAUCAAUAUAUGACGAUAUCAUGGAUAUUGAUAUAUAUUUCAGUACCGUUAUUUUAAAACUAUGGGACAUUAAGGUAAAGAAUUGGGUGCUUUCAUGUGUAGUUUAGGGGGAAAUGGUGGUCGUAGUGUUGCCCUUGAAUGUUGGCUGAUUUUUAUCGCUUUCUUUUUAUGAACUAAUCUUUUCAUGCUUA